CAACGACAUGGCGGCUUACUUGAAGUAAUCGGGCCGGGCAUAUUUAUAUAUUUCCGAAUAUGAACUACGUUAACACCAGCAAAUGCAAAGCACGACCAAGUGCAAGUGUAGUGCAACGCCAUGGUAUGAACACAACUGAUCAACAAGCAUCAUAGAGCGUCGUCCCGCCACUCAAUUGGUAACUGCCGGUAACCUGUCUCGGAGCUCGGACAGUGGUGAACUCCAGACCUCAGAAUGGAGAUGGACUUCGACCCCGAGUUUUACGAGGAUUAUGACGAGGCGGAUCUGAUGCGGUAUUUAGAAGAUGAGGAAUAUGGCCCUGAGCUUGCAGAACUGUUGGCGUCAUAUAAACAAGAGAUGGGAUCUGAUCCAGAAUACAACCGUGUGCCUUUCAUGGAGCUGUACGAAAACUGCCUCCACCCAACCAUAACACAGGCCGUCCAGAACAUGAUGACGCUUCUCAUCAUGUGCUUGUCUUUCAGAAUCGUGUGCCUUCUGGGGACCAUGGGCUCUGGUGAUCUCGGUGCUCCCCCUUGGUUCCUGCAUCUGUCCAGUGCCAUGUUUGGUAUCAUCGUCCUGCACAACUUCUUCAACAUCUCCCUCUUGUACCUCCUUGUUGGCUGCGCAGUUGCCUACAUCACUCUGACAGUCACCAGUGUCUACUGGCGCCAUCUCUGUGGCACCACCGUCUCCAUAGUGAUUGGUGUAUAUAUUAUAGUAUGUGAAUUCCUAAUAGAUAAUACCACCUGGCAUAUGAUACGGGGUGCUCAGAUGAUUCUGUCCAUGAAGAUUAUAUCGGUGUCGUUCGACCUUGGGAACGGUACAGUUACCUCCCUUCCAACCAUAUUUGAAUUCCUGGGAUACUCUCUGAAUGUUGGAACUGUGGUAUUCGGACCCUGGGUCAGCUACCAGGAUUAUAUGACAAUAUUAGAACAAAAUAAACGAUCAAUAUCAAUGUCAUGGGUGUGGAAGGUGGUGUCCAGCGGAGUGCUCUCCCUUGUCUGUCUCAUCCACUCAACCUGCUUCACCCAAUGGCUCAUCUUGGACAGUGCCAACAAAUGGAUCACAGCCUAUCGGGAUGCCCAGUCCUUCCGCUUCAGCCACUACUUCGUCAGCUACAUCUCCGAGACAACAUCGACACUGUCUGGUCUGGGCUCCACUGUGGUGGAGGACCAAGUGCUGUGGGAGAAGUCUGUGGCUCGGCCAAUGAGUAUGGAGCUGCCGAGGUCGCUGGUGGACGUGGUGCGCAACUGGAACCUCCCAAUGCAUUACUGGCUGAAGACAUAUGUUUUUAAAUCAGCGAGACCCCUGGGUAAUUUUAUUGCUGUCCUCCUCACGUAUGCAGCUAGUUCCAUCCUGCAUGGUCUGAACUUUCAGUUAGCAGCAGUUUUACUGUCAUUAGGAUUUUAUACGUACACAGAAUAUGUUCUAAGAAAUAAAUUGUCCCGAAUAUUUAAUGCUUGCAUUCAGGCAAGGAUGUGCAAAGAAGACUGUGAACAUACAUACAAAUAUGGCCACCCUCUAGUGCUACUCACCAAUCUGUGUCUGGGUCUCCUUUCUGUCUUUCACCUUGCGUACCUGGGACUCAUGUUUGACAGCAGCUCAGAAGAGGAAAAGGGCUACACGAUGAGUCACACCCUACGGAAGUGGUCGGCAUUGGACUAUGCCAGCCACUGGACCGCUCUCGGGACCUUUGUCUUCUUCUGGAUGAUCUAGCGCUGCAUGACAAUUCCUCAAGUCUGCAGGUGCACUUCUGUAAAGGACGGUGUACCAUUUAACAAUCAUGACUGUGGCAAAUAGUCUGUUCAAGGUGUAUAAAUGAACAACUGCUGAGAGUGUUUCAUGUGUUAAAAGCUAUAACUCUGGUACAAGUCAGAAUACCAAUCAACAGACUCCUCUGACAGGGGCAGUUAAUCUGUUCAAGGUGUAUAAAUGAAUUACCCCUGAGAGUGUUUCAUUUGUUAAAAGCUAUAACUCUGGUACAAGUCAGAAUACCAAUCAACAGACUCCUCUGACAGGGGCAGUUAGUCUGCGCAAGGUGUAUAACUUAACAACUGCUGAACAUGUUCAGUGUGUAACUUACGUAUCUGGUACAGGCUAACUUACAUUGGAGGAAAGAAAAGCAAAUGUUGCUGAGAGAAUAGGACCAGAAUACCUUGAUAAGGUUGGCAGGCUAGAUGGAUAGUACAACCAUGCCUGUCUAGGGAUCUGGUCAUGAAGUGCUGUGUGAUUAAAAAGACCUGAGUUUCUAAUCAAUAUCCCAAGAACAUGUGUUGGGAUAUGAUAAAGACAUUGUUGCAUUCUCACAAUUCAUUGGGGCUUUUUAUGCUGAAAUAUAGAAAAUCGCUUCUUAAAUAUUUGCUAUAAAAGGACAUGCUGAAAUAGAAAAAAAUUGUCUUAAAUAGUUUCCAUGAAAGAAAACAUUUCAUAAUAUAUAUACCUGUGUACAUAAGAGGCUCAGAAGAAUGCUGGUGAUCUAGUCUGAUUUAACAUGUUCUUUUCUCUUAAUACAGUAAUACGUUUUUUAAAAAUUGGUUUACCUAUCCAUCAAAUCAACAAAUGAGAAAAAAUGAAUUUUUUUACUUAUCCUGCGUUACUCUUUAAUGCAUACACUGCUUUCUUUUGACAGAAAACAAAGCUGUGUGAGGUCCAGCUGAAAAAUAAGUUGUUCCAACCAGUUGUAAGGCAGACCCUGUCACGCAGCACCCACGUGACCACAGAAGUGAUGAUGUCACGUAUCUGCACAUUACUGCUUGUCGCCUGGAUGACAGGCUGUAUUCAAUAAACUCCUCCAGCUACUUGUGUUCAUCCUUUGUGGUUGCACAGGGUUAGUGGCUUUUUGUCACAGGAAUUUUACAUCUGCUUUGUUGUUCCAAUCCGCCAUCUAGAUUAUUUUACGUGGUCACGUUCAUCGUGGCAUAUGCUCCUUAUUCUCUUGCACGGCUUGGUUAUUGUUGUCUAUUACCUUCUAUCAACUAUUUAUUGGUAUUAAAGGUAGGGUUUUCUCACUUGGUUGUAUAUAAAUUUAAUAUUUUAACCACCAUUAAUGUUGGUUUUAAAAUCAUUGAAUUAUUAUCCCUUUGUGGUGAUUUCAAAUUGACUUAAAUGAUAGAUUUAUACUCCAUCGUUGCUCGGGGCAAGAAGUUGCUCAAGGAUCCACACCCUUUGUGUUUAGACUGAACUGCCUUGUGCUCAGCGAAGAGAAAGUGUUCUUUUUGCUCUUCAUGUUUCAACGCGUCACGCCGAAGACCCG